UACACAUGCGUAGGAUGAUAUUAGCAUCACUAAUAGUCACGUGACAAAUCACAGCUACUCAACAUGGCUGCAAUAGUAGCAUCUGUAAGUUUGUCUGCAAUGUUGCUAGCAGCAGCAUGGGGCUACGUGCAGGUAACACCCAAUAUGAAAUCCUUCUCUUCUGCUAUCAAAGGCGGUUCUUUGGCUUCAAAUAAAGAGAAAAUACUGUACAGCCGUUCAACAGGGCCUGGAGUGAUUACUGAACAGUGGUUCACUGGACGUGAGGCAAUGAAUGAAGACACACGCAUUCGAAUCUACAUUGAUGGUGAAACUGAAGCAAGUCUUGAUUUCCAGUUGUUUCUCGCUCAUGGCAUUGGAGCUGGUGAAGCACAAGAAGUAGGAAACAUUCCAUGGGGAACAAACAGAAUUGCCCAUGAAGCUGAUGGAGGCAUAUAUAACACUUACCGAAUUCCAUACGCAAAAUCACUUAAAGUGACAGCAACCCAUCCCAAAGGUGGAGCAUUUUGGUACAUCAUACGUGGUGUGGAGAAUUAUCCUGUUAUUCUUGGUGACCUGCAGCUCCCUGCUAACACACGCCUUCAUCUAUACAAGACAGUAAACCAAGUCCUAGCUCCAUACCAAUUCAUCACUUUGGCUAAUAUCUCGGGCAAUGCAGGAGCUCUCUAUCAAGUCACUUUGUCAACCCACAGCCAAGACUACAGCCAUUUAGAAGCUUGCUUCAGAGCUAUUAUUGAUGGUGAAGAAAUGUUUCUAUCGUCUGGAACUGAAGACUUUUUUCUGUCUGCUUACUACUUCAACAGAGGGCUGUAUCACAAUGACAAUUCUGGUCUCACAUUCAAAGACAAGAAAGGUUCUAUGAGUGCCUACAAGUUCUUUGACAACGACCCUAUGUUAUUCACUACAUCAUUAGCACUCAUGUGGCGUUGUGGUGAGAAGAUCAAUGGAGCAGAUGGGUGUCCUAACGAUUUUCCACGUCCAUCAACACAAGACAAUCACAGGCUGGGUGAUGCUGUUGGCAAGUUGCAACUCCAGAAUACGAACACUACCGCGUACGUUUGGGUUUACCAAUGGUAAUUCAUUUUACUUAUGACCUUUUCUGUCUGUUGCAAAUCAUGGAUUAAGAUGGAUGUUUACCUUGUUUAACUCUCCUAGCAUGUCGUCUUUCAUUCUAUUGUCACUGAAUAUAACUGCAUACCUGUCGUGUACCCAAACAAA